AACUCGAAAUAAGGAAGUUGGGAUGAUGAUGAGAGGAGAUGAUGGAGUUUACAAUUUAGAAUUACUACAAGACAAUGCUUGUUUGCCAUUAUUUACACAACACGCAUUGGGGAAAGGGAACUUUGAUGCGCACCCAUACUUACAAGAUGUUGGUGAGAAACUUGUUAAGAAGUGCAAAAGAUUGCCACUUGCACUAAAAACACUUGGUGGCAUCUUGCGAGGAAAGCUAUGUCAUAAUGAGUGGGAAAAUAUAUUAAACAGUGAGAUAUGGAAUCCAUCAGAAGAUAGAAGUGGAAUUCUUCCUACUCUGAGAUCGAGCUACAAUCAUCUUCCUCCUCACUUGAAGCGAUGCUUUGCUUAUUGUGCUUUGUUCCCUAAAGACUAUGAAUUUGACAAAAAGGAGUUGGUUUUGUUAUGGAUGGCUAAGGGCUUGUUACAGCAACAGUCACAUGAAAAGAAGCAAAUGGAAGAGGAGAUUGGUUAUCAAUAUUUCGAUCAGUUGUUCUUAAGAUCACUCUUUCAACAGUCAAGUGGAGAUGAAUCGCGGUUUGUGAUGCAUGACCUUAUAAAUGAUUUAGCUGUAGAUGUUGCUGGAAAAAUAUAUUGCAAUCUUGAACGUAUCAUGGGUGAUGAAAAAUUAGAGAAAGCUCGUCAUUUGUCAUUCACUCCACACAAGUAUGAAAUCUCAGAGAGAUUCAGAGUCUUCGAUAAAUUGAAGCAUUUGAGAACAUUCUUGCCACUCUGUGGCCGCAACACUUGGUUUUACUUGCCUAAAAGAUUCUUGCUUGAUUUCCUACCAACAUCAAAUCGCUUAAGAGUGCUAUCUCUUUGCUCCUAUCAGAUAAGCAAGCUACCAGAUUCUUUUGAAAAUUUGAAACAUAUUCGAUACAUUGAUUUGUCUAAUACACUUAUCGAAUGUCUAUCUGAAUCAGUGGGUUCUCUUUUUUUCCUACAAACACUAUUAUUACAUGGUUGUUAUCAGCUUACUAAGUUGCCUACAACGAUUGGGAAUCUAAUUGAUCUCCAUCAUCUUGAUAUCACUUUUACACCAUCUUUAAAAGAGAUGCCAUCAGGAAUAGGCAAUCUUAAAAAUCUUGUAACAUUGUCCAAAUUUAUAGUGGGGAAGGCAAGUGGAAUGAUGAGAUUAUCUGAGUUGAAGAACUUGUCACAACUUCGAGGAAGACUGUCUAUGCUAGAUCUACAUAAUGUUUUGGAUGUUCAAGAUGCUAGGGAGGCCAACCUAGACAAGAUCCAUGGUCUGGAGGAGUUAGUCUUGGAGUGGACUACUUCUAAGAAUCAUCGAGAUGAAUUAGUCCUUGAAAUGCAAGUCCUUAGCUGGUUAAAACCUCAUUCAAAUUUGAAAAAUCUCAAAAUUUCUUGCUAUGGUGGCAAGAAUUUCCCUCCUUGGGUUUGUGAUCCAUUAUUAUUUUUCAAUUUAUCAUCCAUGGAGCUCAACAAUUGUAAGAAAUGCACUUUGUUACCAUCACUUGGCUUAUUACCUGUUCUCAAAAAAUUGAUUAUCAAAGGUAUGGAGGCAAUAGAAGCUGUAGGUUAUGAGUUUUAUGGGAGACAAGACUGUUUUCCAUCACUAGAGGAACUGUUGUUUGAAAACAUGUUAAAUUGGAAGGAAUGGACUUCUCUUGCUGGAAGUGAAGGUGAAUUCCCUCGUCUUCGUAGCCUUCUGAUUCAAAAUUGUCCUAGUCUGGGUGAUCUCACCUCACUUACUUAUUUGAGCAUUGAGAAAAUUUUAGAACUGACUUGCUUGCCUAUGAAUAUGAGUCUUCCAUCAUUGAAAGAGUUGUUUAUUAGAGAUUGCAACGAGGUGCUUUUGAAGAGCAUGGUUGAUCUCACUUCCCUCACUAACUUGAGAAUACAUCAUAUUAUAAAAUUGACUUGCUUGCCAAAGAGUUUUACACAGUCCUUGACAGCACUUGAGACUUUAGGUAUUAGAAAUUGCUAUAAUCUUACUUCUUUGUGGGAGGAAGGGACAGAAAUAGAACAAAGCCUCUUGCCUUUCAAUCUUAAACAUCUUAAGCUUGAGAAAUGUAGAGCUUUGGAGUCAUUACCUGAUGCAAUGAUGACAAGGAUGGAUGGAAGCAGUAGCAGAAGCACUAGCAUGUUGAUGUCGAGACUAGAAAGGUUGGAAAUUUGUGAUUGUGAUUCUCUCAAGUUGUUUCCGAGAGGCAAAUUACCCACAUCACUUAAAUAUUUGAUAAUAAAAAAUUGUGAAGGUCUUGAGUCUCUACCGGAUGUUGAUGGUGACUAUAAUAAUAGGAAUCUACAUUUGGAAAUAUGUAAUCUUCCAUGUUUGUAUUCUUCUCAGGGUAGUUGUCAUCAACUACCAGCUUUUCUCAAGAAAUUUACAGUUACUAAUGGUGGCGAGUGGUUGGAAUCAUUUCCAAAGAGGAUGCUGCAACAUUGUAUGGAACUCCAAUCCAUUACUAUUCAACACUGUAAAAUAUUGAAAAGUUUACCCAACCUCGAUUGUGUCAGCAAUCUCCUUGACUUAACUAUUUCCAGCUGUGAAGUUUUAGAGUCCUUACCAGAAGAGUUGGGGUUAUGCACCCCCAAUCUUAAUUUCUUGGUGAUAGGAUGGUGUGAGAAUUUCAAAUCCCUCCCAAAUACAAUGUACCAGUUGAAAUCUCUUCAAAAGCUAUGGAUGUUUGGUUGCCCCAGGAUUGAGUUCAUUCCAGAUGGGGGUUUGCCCCCAAACUUAAUAGAACUUCAAUUUGAAAGGUGUGAGAAUCUCAAGUUUGUGCCAAAUACAAUGUACCAGCUCACAUCACUUCACAGAAUAAGAAUCCCAGGUAGCACUUUGACGAUGGGCCUCCAAAACCUUACAUCUCUUCAAUCGUUGGCAAUUGAGCAGAAAUUCCCUCUGAAUAUUGUGCUGCCUUCUUCUUUAACCUAUCUUCAAAUCGAGAAAGAAGAAAAUUUGGAAUCCAUACCUGGCGGGCUAUUCCAAAACCUAAGCUCCCUUCAAAAGUUAUCGCUUAUUCAUUGCCCAAAGCUACGAUCUUUGCCAAGGGAAGCCUUCCCUCCCUCACUUGGAGGACUAUACAUUGAGGGGUGUCCGCAUCUAAAACGACAACGCUUUGAGGCGGAAGGAGACUACUGGACUCUCACUUGGAGCAUCCCCUGUGUUAAGAUAGAUGAUAGAUGUGUUUAAGAGGAUAUAGGAAAAUCUUGUUAGGCCUAUGUAGGAUCCCAUAGUUUUGUGACUUCCUUUUUCCUUUUAUGUGCCAGAAGUUAUCUUCUUGCCUCACAUUUCCCAUAAUUUUGGGGACUGCUUUCCUACAACUGUGUAACAUCCAACUUAGUUCAUGUCUUGAAUCUUGUAACAUCUUGUUAAACCCUUUACCUUUUUCAAGUCAAGUACAGGAUUAGUUAGAAGGUGAUUGAUCCUAGAUUACAAGUUCAAGCCUCCCUUGUAAUGUUGGAUGCUUUGACAUUAAUGUUGCCUUUCAUGUGGGAGAUGAUGCUUCCAGUAUAAUGAGUCAGAUAUGAGUAAUUGCAACACAAGCACUGCUGUUUUACUUAA